AAUAAGGUUAUUUUGUAAUUUGAAGUAGACAAAAGUGUUUUGAUGCCAUUUUAUUAUUUGUGCCGCUUAUAAUAAUUUUAUAGCAAUGGUUUAGAAAGUUACUAUGAUCGUUUAACUCCUGCGGAUUUAUUUUUCAGUGUUUCAAUAUGACGUGCAAGUGGAAGCUAAUUAGGCAAUUUCAUGAAGGGGAAUAUGAAUUAACACUUGGAAAAAAUGCAAUAGGAAGAAAUGUUAAUUCAGAAGUUCGAUGUUCAAGCCUUUUUGUAUCAAGGACUCAUUGCAUCAUAGAAGUAUCUGAAGAUUUAAUCAAAAUUAUUGAUAACAAGAGUUCCAAUGGCACAUAUGUUAAUUACAAUAUGAUACCAACAGAUACUUAUCACACAUUAUACGAUAAUGAUAUAAUAGGAUUAGGUGUAGCUGGUGACCAAUCCCUUAGUGAAGAAUUUUUUGUUUUUAAAUUAAUUAAUAAUAUAAAAAUACUACAAAAUAAUAUUCAAAGAUCUGUAAAGAGAUCUAUUGGGGAUGAAUCCAUAGAUAUUGAUAACAAACGAAUAAAAAUUGAAAACGAAGCAUCAUUUGAUGAUGAUGACAAUGAUAACAUGCUGCUCAAUUACACACAAAGUGAUAAUGACAUUGUAGUAAUUAGCGACGAUGAAAGUUCAAUGGUGCAAAAAUUUGAAAAGUCUUUCAAAUCAAGUGGGAUAGUAGAAAAUUUGGAUCAACCAAAUGAUAGACUACUAAUGGAGAUUGAUGAAGAUCUGUCUGAGAGCAAUAAUGAAAUUAUUUGCCUUGACAGUGAUAAUGAAGAUGAUGACGUUGAUAAGUGGAUAAAUAAACUUUCUCAAAAUUUUUCCAUGAAGGGCAACAAAUCCUUGGUAAAAGAUGACGAUGAUCACUUACCUGAUUUGCAAAUAGAACAUGAGGAUAUCAAAGGAUUACCUUUAUCUCAAAAUUUACUUAAAUUGAUAGAAGAAGAUGCAAAAUAUGAUAUGAAAAAUGAAGUAACUACUAGUGCAGGUGACCAGGAGAAGAAAGAUCUUGUAGAUUUAGAGGAAUAUGACUUUAUAGCAAAUAGUGAAAGCAAUGAUCAGAAUGCAUUACCUGAACCACCAACUUCAAGCACUAUAACCCCAUCAAAAAAAACUUACAUAAAGCCACCAAUAAUAGAAUGCCCAGUAAACAUGAUUCCAAGACGAAAGAGUUCAACAGGUUCCACUUUAGAGAACAAAUCAAAGGAAAAGGCAAUACAAAAAACUGUAAAGUCUGAAAAAUCAAAGCCUAUAUCUAAAUCUAAAAGAAAUUCAGUCAAAAAGUUAAAAAGCAUUGAAAAGGGAGAGAAAAAAAUUAUUGGACAAAUAAGAAAAAAUCGUUUGAAAGAAUUAGCUGACAAAACUGCACCUCCAAAAGAAUUCAAUGAUAGUCCAAAAAUUGUAUCUAAGCCAAAAGUUAAAUUUACCGAAAAUAAUCGAGGAGCAUUCCUUACAGAUAAUAUUCCAGUAGUUCCAUGUAAUAAAAAUGAUUCAAAAACCAAAACUAAAAAUGAUGCAAGUUUACCCAAAGUGUCAGAUCUUCCUAAGAUACCAAAGAAAACAAGAAAUUCAAAUGAUAACAAUGCAGCAAAAAAAAGCAGUGAAGAAGAAUUAGAAAUUAAAAAUAAAUCAAAGAGAAAUUCAAAGGAGAAGAACGAUUCAAAAGAGAAAAACAGUUCUUCAGGAAAACUGAUCAAUAAUGAUUCUACUGAAAAGAGACUUAGUGCUGGUAUGUCUAAAAUGAAAAUAACUGUUGAUCAGUUGAUGGAAGUUGAUACCGUUACUAGCAAGGUAAUUGAUAAUAAACAACUCAAAGGUAUUUCAAGUGGUGGAAAGUCAAUCAUAGAAACAUCAAACAAAACAACAGGAAUAUUGAAAUCAUGUUUGAAGUCUGGCAAAAAACCUCGGCGUUCUAUAAAAAUUAUUAUGCGUCCUGAAAUACAUUAUUUUGAAAUUGAAGAAGGCAAUAAACUUAAUAGAUGCAAUGUCAAAGAUCUGCCUCUGAACUGGCAAGAAAAGAAAAAAUCUAUGCCAGCCAUUUGUUCGCAAACUGCUUCUAUAAAUAAAGUUGAAAAUAUUGAUAAUGUUAUUGCUCUCAUAACAACUUGGAAUCCAACAUGGCUUUAUGAACAGAAAAAUAAUCCAGCACUUCCACCAUUACUCAAAGAUACACCGUAUAAGCGAUCCCCAUUGUUACACUCAUAUAGUAGUUAUUCUGAUUAUGAAAGAACAAUAAUGCCUUUAAUGAUAGAUGAACUGUGGGCAAUAGUUUCUAAAGAAUGGGAUAAUCGAGAAAUAUCACCUGAUGUUCGGAAAAAUGCAUAUAAUAUUGGUAUAGAUCAAGCACUACCUUUUCCUGGAGAGUCAAAAAAUACUAAAAGUCAAAUUAUGAUGAUACACUGCCAUAUGUUAUUAAGUAAAACGGAUUACGAAAAAAGUAAUCAUCCUAGAGAAGGUGACUAUAUAGUUAUGGGCCUGGUUCAAAAUCCUGGAUCAAGCACCUCUCAAUCUUCUAGUGAAAAGAAUACAACUAAUAUUCGAAAAAGAUUUGCAUUUGUGAAUAUUGCGAAAAAAGUAAUUGCAAGAGAUCAGGAUGUAAAUGAAAGCUUAUUGAAAUUUACUAAAAAACCGUACGGAAUCUUAUAUUUGGAGUUUAAAACUAAAAACAAACCAUUAGAUUUAAAUUAUAAAGAGCCAAUGAUUGCUUAUAUUGUCUCAUACAUAAAUCCAAUAAUUCGGAAUUUUAAAGCUAUAUUGGCAUUGCCUAACUCAAAAUUAUGUCAAAAUGUACUUAAUCCUAAAAUUGAACAGUAUACAAAGCAUAAAAGAGAUACAAACAAUGGUGUUAAUAUGAUUAAUAGUCUGACAGUACUGAACGAAGCUCAAAAGAAGGCAGUCAUGGAAACUGUUGCAGAUUGUUUGCUUCCUGAACCUAUGAUCACUCUGAUCAAGGGUCCUCCAGGAACUGGUAAGUCAAGAGUCAUUGUAAGCAUUAUACAGCAGUUAUUGUACGGGGAGAAUUUGAGGACCUCAAAAAGACCAAAAAUAUUGAUUUGUGCACCUAGCAAUGCUGCCGUAGACGAGUUAGUUUGCAGACUGUUAGCUGUUCGGCAAUCUGUUACAGCUAAUAAAUUCAAAAUGGUAAGAUUUGGGGUGCUACAGUCAAUGAAUCCCAGAGUUCAGGACAUAAGUUUGCAAACUCUAUCCGAACGUGAUGUAGCAAAUCAAAUAUCAAAUAUGCAGUAUAAUGAUAUGGAUAGUCUUGAUACAGAGAAAAGGUUUCUGGAAGCAAAAAUCAAUGCAUUGAAAUUAAGUAUAGAAAAUAUGAUAAAAAGUAAUCAAAGUACCCAUGUCACACAAGAUAAGUUGAACAAAUAUGAGAGAAAAUUGUGUCUUCUGACUAAGGGUGGAAAUCCAAGCAUACCGCCUUACCAAUUUGCUCAAAUGCGAAAUGAGAGCCAACGAAUAAUUUUAUGUGGAGCUGAUAUAAUUUGUACAACCUUGUCCAGUUGUGUCAAUGGACAAAUGCUUUCAAGUAACACAUACUUCAAUAUAUGUAUUGUGGAUGAAGCAACACAAUGCACAGAACCUGAGACAUUAAUGCCUCUGAUGCUGGGAGUAUCGAAAUUAAUUCUUGUUGGUGAUCCACAGCAGUUACCUGCUACUGUUAUAUCACAAAGUUCAAAAAAAUUUGGUUUUCAAAAAUCGCUAUUUGCAAGAAUAGAAAGUAGUUUAGAGCACUUUCAAAAUACACCAGUUAAAACGCUGACGCUUCAAUAUAGGAUGCAUCCUGAAAUUUGUCAUUUUCCAAAUAAUUUCUUCUACAGUGGAUCGUUAAAGAGCUUCAAACCUGCUCUUGACAAGCAUAAUACUUUAUUACCUUAUUUAGUGUAUAGUUUAAAUUUUAUGCAAACCCCAAAUUUUUCAAAUUCAAAAGAAGCUGAUUUUGUAAUAAGUUUGACUACCACUGUUCUUAGAUUAACAUCAAGAUUGAACUACAGUGUUGGAAUAAUCACUCCAUAUCAGGGACAAAAAAUGUGUAUCACAAAUAAAAUGAAGCAAUGGGCAUCAUGCUUUGAGAAUAGAUUCGUUGACAUAAACACAAUCGACAGCAUACAAGGCCAGGAGAGAGAUGUGAUAAUUAUUUCUUUAGUGCGCAGUGAUGGAGUGGGUUUCUUGGCAGAUUUUGAAAGAUUAAAUGUAGCGCUGACACGAGCCAAGCAAAGCUUAUUUGUUUGCGGUAACUUUGCAUCAUUAAAGAAACACGAGAUGUGGUCUGCAUUUAUUAAAGAUGCAAAGGAUCGAAAUUUCUUUCGGGAUGCACAUACUAUAUGUCCUAGCAAUUAUGACAAAUUCUUAAAUGCCAUUGCCAAGUAAUGUAUAUUUUAUAUUAAUAGCUUAUUUUUAUAUCUUGUAGUUAUAUUAAAACAUUAUUUUAUCAUGUUAAAAUUUUUCAUAUACUAGUUAUUUAUACGAAAUUUUACGCACAAAUCUAUAUUUAUAUAAAUUUAGAAAUAAUUGUUAACUAUAUUUUAAUGAG